GAGAAAACACCUCAACAAAAAAAGUUACGUUAGACUUCGAUCGAUCAUGUCGGGAAGAGGGAAGAAAUCGGAGCCGAUGAAGGUGGUGUUCAUAAACACUCAAUACGUUGAAACCGAUGCUCGGAGUUUCAAGACUGUCGUGCAACACCUCACCGGAAAAGACGCCACCGUCCCCGGAGAAACCUCCGAUUACUCCGCCGCCUCCGCCUCCGGUCGUAGCAGCAGCGGCGGAGACAAAAGCAUUAGCGACGUGAAGCAAUUCCACGGCGGCGGAGGCGCGGCGGAGUUCGAUAGAUUUGUGAGGGAGAUGCCACCGGUUGACGAGUUGUACAAAUUAUGGUCAGAUUAUUGAGUCAUUAUUAAUUCAUAUGGUUAUUAAAAUUUUGUGUACUUU